UAUUUUCAGUGAUACACAUUACUGUUUAUAUUUGUUUAUUUUAGGACUGGUGUGUGUUUGUGUGAGACUGUACUGUGUUUUUAUUCAGUUUUACUGGAGGUCUUGAAAGAGGUAUUUGACAGAAGGACCGUCUUCCAUAAAGAAGCUCAAGGUCAGAGAGCGCUGCAAACCGGUGUUUCGGUGUAACUGGUUACCGUGUUAACUGGUGACUCUCACAUUUUAAGAUACGUUAAGAGAGGUGAAUGAGUCUUCUGAACACAACUGAACUUACAUAAAUGGUUAGAUACUUAGAUAUUAAACACAGAUGAGUAUGUAUUUAAAAUAAUGAUUAAACUACAAAUGCUUUUUAGGAGAACACCUACGUGAAAGUCACCAGUUAACACGGUCACCAGUUAAAGCGAAACACCGGUUUGUCGGCGUUAGGACCCAGGUGCGUGGCAAGCGGCAGACACCGGUUGAUGAGAUGGUCCACUCGGCAUCACACAUCUUAUUACUCGACAAAGAGCUGCCGUGCUCCUCGGACAGAGUAGCCGUAGGUAAACUUACCGGACAGUGAGGGUGGACCACGAACACAAGAUAAGCGAGAGCCCUUUUUUCUUUACGCUACUGUUGUCUGCCCGCGUUUACCCCCGCACUGUGGCAAGUAGACACAGUCGCUUGUCUCACCGGCGACAACCAUGAGCCAGAGGUUCACCGUCUCCAAGAGCGACGGCGACCGGCGCCCCUCAGACAUCCAGGGGGAGGUGAACCAGCUGUUUGAGGGGGACGAGCCCCCGACCAGCAGCGGAGCAGAGGCGGAGGAUGCUGCCGGUGACGAGACGGUGGUGGUGCUGAAAGGUGACAGUAACCCCAAGGAGAGCAGCCCCUUCAUCAACAGCAGUGAUGCUGCCGCAGAGAAGAGUCAGCAGUAUGACGGCAAGCACAUGGCCUUGUUUGAGGAGGAGAUGGACACCAGCCCCAUGGUGUCAUCUCUCCUCAGCAGCCUGGCUAACUACUCCAACCUGCCCCAGGGGAGCAAGGAGCAUGAGGAGGCCGAGAACAACGAGGCAGAGUCAUCACGCAAGAAACCUGUCAAGGCCCCCCAACUUGGUACCCUGAUGGGCGUCUAUCUGCCGUGCAUCCAGAACAUCUUUGGAGUCAUCCUCUUCCUCAGGAUGACCUGGUUGGUGGGCAUCGGAGGUGUCAUCGGGACUUUCGUCAUCGUCUUCAUGUGCUGUUCCACAACCAUGCUGACUGCCAUCUCGAUGAGUGCAAUCGCUACCAAUGGAGUAGUGCCAGCUGGAGGCUCCUACUACAUGAUAUCGCGUUCGCUGGGCCCUGAGUUUGGGGGAGCAGUAGGGAUCUGUUUCUACCUGGGGACCACCUUCGCUGGAGCCAUGUACAUCCUGGGGGCCAUCGAGCUCCUACUGAUCUACAUAGCGCCACAAGCUGCCAUAUUCCCCCUGGAGGGUCUUGAAGGAGCUGAGGCGGAGGCUGCCCUGCUGAACAACAUGCGGGUGUAUGGGACCAUCCUGCUGACCUCCAUGGCCACGGUGGUGUUUGUUGGUGUGAAAUACGUCAACAAGCUGGCCCUGGUGUUUCUGGCCUGCGUCAUUCUCUCCAUCCUGGCUGUUUACGCUGGGGUCAUCAAGACCGCCAUCGAUGCUCCCGAUUUCCCCGUGUGUGUUUUGGGGAACCGCACUUUGGUGUGGAAGACGUUUGAUGUGUGUGCCAAGACCAUUGAGACAGCUAAUGGGACAGUCACCACCCAGCUGUGGAAUAUGUUCUGUGAUUCGCCUUUCCUCAAUGCCACCUGCGACAAGUACUUUACCGCCAAUAAUGUGACUAGGAUCCAGGGCAUCCCGGGGGUCACCAGUGGAAUCCUGGCAGAGAACAUCUUUGGAACUUACUAUGAGAAGGGGGAUUUGAUAGCCAGGAAGAAAAUGGACUCUAUUGAAGACCUGGACGACCCUCUGACCAACCAAAAUCGCUACGUGUUGGCUGAUAUCACCAGCUUCUUCACGUUGUUGGUUGGCAUCUACUUCCCCUCUGUGACAGGGAUCAUGGCUGGCUCCAACCGCUCCGGAGACCUGCGUGAUGCCCAGAAGUCUAUUCCCAUUGGAACCAUUGCAGCCAUCACCACCACCUCCAUUGUCUACAUGUCCAGUGUGAUUCUGUUUGGUGCCUGCAUCGAAGGUGUGGUCCUCAGAGACAAGUUUGGGGAGGGAGUCCACGGGAACUUGGUGAUUGGCACGUUGGCUUGGCCGUCACCGUGGGUGAUUGUGAUUGGGUCCUUCUUCUCCACCUGCGGGGCGGGCCUCCAGAGUUUAACUGGAGCUCCUCGUCUCAUGCAGGCCAUCGCCAAGGAUGGCAUUGUGCCCGCCCUUCGGAUCUUUGGCCAUGGAAAGGCCAACGGAGAACCCACGUGGUCCCUCCUGCUGACAGCUUUUAUCUGUGAGAUCGGCAUCCUCAUUGCCUCACUGGAUGCAGUGGCUCCCAUCCUCUCCAUGUUUUUCCUGAUGUGCUACAUGUUCGUGAACCUGGCCUGUGCCCUGCAGACACUACUGAGGACUCCCAACUGGAGACCCCGCUUCAAGUUCUACCACUGGACUCUGUCCUUCCUGGGGAUGAGCUUGUGUCUCACUCUUAUGUUCCUCUGCUCCUGGUACUACGCCAUUGUUGCCAUGGGAAUUGCCGGCUCUAUCUAUAAGUAUAUAGAGUUUGCAGGUGCAGAAAAAGAGUGGGGUGAUGGGAUACGAGGUCUGUCUCUGAGUGCUGCACGCUACGCUCUCAUGCGGCUGGAGGAAGGUCCCCCGCACACCAAGAACUGGAGGCCCCAGUUGCUGGUGCUGGUUAGUACAGAUAGCGAGCAAAAUGUGGAGCAGCCUCGUCUGCUUUCUCUGACCAACCAGCUGAAGGCGGGCAAAGGUUUAACCAUUGUUGGUACAGCUCUAGAAGGCACCUACCUGGAGAACAGCGACCAGGCCCAGCGUGCAGAGCAGGCACUGCAUAAAUUGAUGGAGACUGAGAAGGUAAAGGGCUUCUGUCAGGUCACCGUGUCCUCAAACCUGCGUGAUGCCACUUCUCACCUGCUCCAGGCCAGUGGGCUCGGAGGCCUGAAACAUAACGCUGUGUUGGUUUCCUGGCCACGCAACUGGAGGCAGGGAGACGAGCAUCAGACCUGGAGGAACUUUAUCGAGUUGGUCCGAGAAACUACCGCUGCUCACCUCGCUCUGCUUGUCCCGAAGAACAUCUCGGCCUUCCCAUCCAAUGGCGAGCGCUUCACUGAGGGUCAUAUUGACGUGUGGUGGAUCGUCCAUGAUGGAGGCAUGCUGAUGCUGCUCCCAUUCCUUCUCCGCCAGCACAAGGUUUGGAGGAAGUGCAAGAUGCGCAUCUUCACUGUGGCCCAGAUGGACGACAACAGCAUCCAGAUGAAAAAGGACCUGACCACAUUCCUCUAUCACCUCCGUAUUGAUGCAAUGGUGGAAGUUGUAGAAAUGCAUGACAGCGACAUCUCAGCCUACACUUACGAGAAGACCCUGGUGAUGGAACAACGGUCGCAGAUGCUUAAACAGAUUAACCUGACUAAGACUGAGCGCGAGAGAGAGAUCCAGAGCAUCACUGAUUCAUCCCGCGGCUCUAUCCGUCGCAAGAACCCGGCCACUGUGACCACCCAGCUGAGCGUGACCGAGGACCCGCCAGCAGCCAGCAAGGAGGAGAAGCCGGAGGAAGAGGUCCAGCUCAUCCACGACAACACCACCCCGGCCAGCCCCGCAACCCCAGCCACCCCACUGACUCCCACAGAGGGGGCUAAGAGCCCCGGGGAGCAGGUCCAGAUGACCUGGACUGAGAAGUGUGAUGGCGAGCCAGCCAAGCCGCCCGGCGCAGCCACACCAGAGGGCAUCAAAGACAUCUUCAACAUGAAGCCGAACCAGUCCAAUGUGCGACGUAUGCACACAGCACUCCGGCUGAAUGAAGUUAUCAUGAAAAAGUCCUCAGAGGCCAAGCUGGUCCUCCUCAAUAUGCCCGGGGCACCCAAGAACCGGACAGGUGACGAGAACUACAUGGAGUUCCUCGAGGUUCUCACUGAGGGUCUCAACCGGGUCCUACUGGUCCGUGGAGGCGGCCGCGAGGUUAUCACCAUCUAUUCCUGAAAAAGCAGCCCCCUCCCCCGACCCACUACCACCCCUCCACCCCUUCCUCAGCCCUGUUCCUGUGUCACCUAUGCUCCCAUCCUCUCAUCAAUGCUGCUUCAUCACCAUGUCGCCCUUACCGUUUAUUUCUGUAAGGUAAUCUUCUCACACCCAGCUCAGCUUCAGCACCUCCCCCUCAACUCCAUCCCCAGCAAACCAACGAGUAGGAUCACAUGCUCCGCUACUAAACCUUUCAUUCUAGUACAAUAACCUACUUUAACUAUUGUAGGCUCUAGACUAAUUUAGAUGCUAUCUAGAUUUGUUCUUAAAGAGACAUUUUUCUUUCUUUGCUAGUCUGUAAUCUACUCGCAUUGAGUCACUCGGUCAGGAGGAGGUGGUGGUGGUGGGCGUUGGGUUGUUAGCUGAGGUGUUAGCGCACAUGCAUGUAUGUGUCUCUUUGUUUUAAUCUCUGCAGAUUCUUUUGUUUUU